GGCUGACAUUCGAGAACAACUCAACGAGUGUGCUGGGGGUGGCUAGAGCGAUGCGAGGGCAAGGCUGGAGCUGAGCCUGCGAGACACAGAUAGGAAAUCCGUGAAACUGAACUCAUUUAGUCGCCAAAGAAAGGCUAACGUUCUUCAGUAAGCGUUUAAAGGACGAGAGACCAUGUCGGUGCUGGCUUUGCAAGAAUACGAAUUCGAGAGGCAAUUCAAUGAAGAUGAAGCCAUUCGAUGGAUGCAAGAGAACUGGAAGAAGUCCUUCCUCUUCUCUGCGCUCUACGCUGCCUGCAUACUUGGUGGGCGGCAUGUAAUGAAACAAAGGGAGAAGUUUGAGUUGAGGAAACCUUUAGUACUAUGGUCUUUAACACUUGCAGCCUUCAGCAGAUUAAUGAUGAGCAUUAUAGGCAGAAAAACAAGCCACUUCCUCGUUCCAAGUUACUUCAUAAAGACCUGCAUAUAUGUAUAUUUGGUGCCAUCAGAACCGGAGGCUACAUGAUGAACAUCUUGAUGACCAAAGGCCUAAAGCAGUCAGUGUGCGAUCAGAGUUUCUACAACGGACCGGUCAGCAAGUUCUGGGCCUAUGCUUUUGUCCUCAGCAAGGCACCUGAACUAGGAGACACACUAUUCAUUGUGUUACGCAAGCAAAAGCUGAUCUUCCUGCACUGGUAUCAUCACAUCACAGUGUUGCUCUACUCAUGGUACUCCUACAAGGACAUGGUGGCCGGCGGGGGCUGGUUCAUGACCAUGAACUAUCUGGUGCAUGCCGUCAUGUAUUCUUAUUACGCUCUUCGGGCCGCCGGCUUCAAAAUCUCUCGCAAGUUUGCCAUGUUCAUCACCCUGACGCAGAUCACCCAAAUGGUGAUGGGCUGCGUGGUCAACUAUCUGGUGUAUUCGUGGAUGCAGCAAGGCCAAGAGUGCCCGUCCCACGUGCAGAACAUUGUGUGGUCGUCCCUCAUGUACCUCAGCUACUUUGUGCUCUUCUGCCAGUUCUUCUUCGAAGCCUACAUCACCAAGACCAAAUCCAAUGCAGCCAGGAAAAGCCAAUAAAUCAAGAAAAUGAUUUUUAAAAAAAUGAAUCAAUGAGAGAUGGGGGAAAUCAAAGUGGACCAAUGAAGGGAUAGUGGAUGGAUGAGUCUUUACAGUUAGGGCUUAUGGACUUGCAGAAGAAAGAAGCGAAGACCAUGAGAGGCUACUAUCAAAGCUUGUGCAUACUGUACUACUAACGUAUAGAGAUAAAUCUCCCCGCCACUAGGGGCGCUCUCUUGAGCUGCACUGAGAAAUCAUUAUGAUUAUAUCAGUUGAACAAAAAAAAAAUGUGUCUUUAUGUGAUGUUUAUGUGCCCAAUUCAAUUCUCUGCAUUUAAAAAAUGUACAGAUUAAAAAGGGAUGCAAAAUAAAUUAAAACAGAAUUAAGAAGUUGAAAUGGACUGAGACAUUUUGAGAAAAAAAAAAUUCUGAGAAAAUUAUAUGGAUAGAAUCAAUAUAUGUGUGGUUAUGUCUAAACAUUACAUGUUACUGUUGCAUUUUUAUUUUGUAUUGGUACUAGAUACUAGAGUGUGUAUGGUAGUUUUGUACGAAAGCCAUGUCAAUGGAUGACUGGUCAAUGUUGAGCUAAAAAUGCCACAGUGUGUUCAGCAUCGCAGCACCAAAAUCCUCUCAGGUCUUAAGAGUUUUCCAUUUGAUGUUCAUAUCAUUUUAGAAAAAAAAAAGGAAAACAAAAAAGGGCAAAGUAGUCAAGGUAGUCUAACAGGCCUGAAAUGUUAAUGGCAUUGGAUCACACAUACACAAGCAACCACACAAUUAUUUAAAAAGAAAAAAAAAAAAAAAAAAAAGGCAGAGAGAAGAAAAAGACCAAUGAUGGCCAUUUUGAGGACAUUUCAGCCAAAUGAUCAUCAGAACACCUGAGGCCCUUAUGGAGUAUGAAUCAUCGGACCUCUCUGAAUCUGUGGUUGUUCUGACCUCUGAAAGGCCUGGCCUUCCUCCCAUGGCUUAAGGUCAUAAUUAUCAUCUGUUCCAAAGACCGACGGCAUAGAGAGUCCAAACAAGCCCUGUCUAAAGAACCAUGACGUCAAGCAUACUUACACAAAAUGUCUAUAUUCACUGUAACAAACCUGAAUAAUCUCUUUCACUGAAUUGUGUCUAUUGUGCUCUUGUGCAUUUGCACUGUAUACAUGUAAAGCAUCUAUAGACGAUUUUAACAAAGAGCCAAGAGUGCUGAAAUAAUAA